CAAGUGAUUCUAAAAAUCAUGCUAACAAUCUGUCCUAUGUUGCCAUCAAAAUAUUGUACGAGCUUUUUUUCUUAAAAAGGAUUUAAGGAUAUCAUCUUAAGCUUCAUUUUGCAUGGAUAAUAUAAACACGAACAUCUAUGGAAAACUAUGCUCUAUUCUGUAAUAUUCAAUAAAUGAUAAACAUAAUAAAGUUUUGUUUUACCUUGUAAGUCUGUGAUAUAUAGACAAACAUUAUUAAUUUUUAUUGAAAAUAUGGAUCACAUAAGCGAGGAUUCAAACUCUUCCGUCGGAAGUUACCGUGAACGAAAUAGUCCGCUAAACUUUUCAAAAUCCCAGUGCCAAAUGUCGACGAAAGCAUCGGCAUUUUCUAUUGACGCUUUAAUUGGUAAAAGGACGCUUGAGAAAAUGCAAGCAUGUGGUUUUUCGUCGGCAAAUUCACCCGACGAAGAUAAAGAUAACUGUGUUUUACAAAAAAGAACAUCGUGUGAUUCACCGCCAGCGAAACGAGUCCGACAUUCCGACGGAAUUCCACUAGCUCCAUUAGAGCGUCUUGUGGAAUCUGCCACUUCACUGAGCUCCCAAAAGUCCCCUAAUUCAGAAGAAUUGUCAAGCCCGAGAAAAGGGGACACACCCUCACCAACUUUUACCCCGAAGGUCGAGGACGAACAAGAUAGUGAGGAUAUUGAUGUUGUCAGUCCAACGGCGUCUCCUCCAUGUUGCAAGGAGCUAGUAGAUGUCGAAUGUCGUCUGGAAACAAAAGAAUUAUGGGAUAAAUUUCACGAGCUCGGCACGGAGAUGAUUAUAACUAAAACUGGCAGGCGCAUGUUUCCAACAGUCCGUGUAUCAUUUACCGGCCUUGACCCUGAUACAAAGUACAGUGUGCUCAUGGAUAUUGUCCCGGUUGACAACAAAAGAUACCGCUAUGCCUACCAUAGAUCUUCAUGGCUAGUGGCAGGGAAAGCUGACCCACCUUUACCAACAAGAUUUUAUGUACACCCGGACUCACCAUAUUUGGGAGAACAACUUGUGAAACAAACUGUGUCAUUUGAGAAAUUAAAACUUACUAAUAACAUGCUGGAUAAAAAUAGCCAGAUAAUCCUGAACUCGAUGCACAAAUAUCAACCACGUAUUCACAUAGUGAAGAAAAGGGACAGCACCCCAAAUCUCCCAUCCAUAACUACAUUAGAAGCUGAAGAAUUUAAGACGUUCGUAUUCCCAGAAACCACAUUCAUCGCCGUGACAGCCUACCAAAAUCAACUCAUAACUAAGUUAAAAAUAGACAGUAACCCAUUUGCUAAGGGAUUUAGAGAUUCGACGAGGUUGACAGAGUUUGAUUCGUUUUACCCAUCAAGAGAGAGCAUGGAGAGCCUAAUGCAGCAGCACACGUAUGCUCGAUCCCCGCUUAGAGCGUACACGGAGGCUGAAAUAGAGGAGUCACUCAAACAACACAGGGAAUUAUACGCCAGAGAAGACCAAGCGUCUAUGGAAAAGCAGGGUAUGAUGACGUCACCGUGGUCAAUGUGGCGUCCUAUACCUUCGUCACUUCUUGGAGGUUCCCCCUAUCCACCAACAGAUCGUUCUUUAUACACCUUAUACGGAGGACUUUUUGGACUAAAUAAUUCAAACUUUGUGUUUCCUGCACUUGGACUUCACCCCUUAAUGGCCGCGAAUAAUAUAAGUAAUAUGAGACUUAGAGAAGGGGUACCAACCACUUCUGGAUAUAAUUCAGAAAGCACUCCUGGUGCCCCGCUCCAUUAUCCAACAGCGCUUUACAGGUAUCAUCCUUAUUUGAACGCUGAGAAACUUUCUGCUCAGAAAUCAACACCUACGUCAUCAGAAUCGUCGCCAACAAUUGACUCAGCGAGACCAUAGUGUUGAAUUAUUUCCUGCGCAUGCGUGUUGGAUGCAAUUUAUAGAUAGUGCAAAAAUGUGAUAGUUAUGUCGAGUUAUAUGAUAUGGUAUAUAAACUUUGUGCCACCAGGAUAUUGCCAACAUUUCUGUUUAGUCGCAAACAUCGUUAUAUACAUGUCCAAUUAUUUAUUUCUGUUUUAGAGUGUAAUCCACGUUUAAAAUUUGUAUAAUGUAGUUGAAAUAGUCUCUCAAAGAGAAUUCUGUUGUAUGUAAAAUAUAGUACAAUAAUUUACAUGAUCUCCUGAAAAAUUCUAUAACAUAAUCCGUGCAAACACUGUUCUCUUAACGGAUUCGAAACUUCGCGGCAUGGUAUAUAAAUGUUAUAUUUUAUUGGGAGUUCUUUUAGUUUGAGUCUGAAAUGCAGCGUUUAGCCACACACAUAUAAUAUGCGCGGUUAAUUUUUUAUUGUCUAUAGUUUUGGAUCUUGUAGAAAAAAAACUAGAAAUAGUUCAUUAUUUUACUCUUAUUUCCGCGGCAAGUCAUGAAUAUGAAUUAUAUAAGACAUGUUUGAACAAAUACCUAAUUUUGGUUAACAUUUAUUUGUUAUUUUGUCCAUUUAAGAAACGUAUCUGAUUAUUUGUAUAUUGUUUUUGCUUUAUUUUUUGUUACAUUAAUAUUUAAAGUAGGACUUUCUGGAAAAUUAAAGCAUGAACUGUUUACAUUAAUUUAAUAUAUAGUUAAUUGGAUAUUGUAUUAUAUAACAUAUUUUCAUGACAAUAACUGAUGUAACAAAGUUGAUAUUUUGUUAUUAUAUUUAUUUCUAAUCAUAACAUUUAAAAAAGACAAUCAGGUUAAAAGAAAUCAGGAUAUGUAAAGUCGCUUCUUAUUAUUGUCUAACUGGAAAAUAUUCUAACGUUUUAAGUAUAUAGUGCGGAAUAACAGCCUUUUAGUUUUAAA